AUGGAGGAAUCUAACCCACCUCCAUCUGAGAAGGUGUCAUUGGAUAUCAGGUAUGAGACUGAGAGUACAGGCACUGUGCUUGGAGAAGAAACUCCUAUCAAGAAGAGCAUCAACAGCAGCCCUGCUCAAAGCGAAUACAAACCCGAGUCGUCUUUGUUGUUACAGAUUCAACAACAGAAUGAGCGAGACCUAGCAUCCGGGUUCAAGCGACAGGAGCUGGGUGUUACCUGGCAAAAUGUCAACGUCGACGUGAUCAGUGCCGACUCCGCCGUGCAAGAGAAUUUCUUUUCCCAAUUCAACAUCCCCCAACACAUCAAGGAGUCUCGCAGCAAAGCUCCCCUCCGUACCAUCUUGCAUAACAGUCAUGGUUGCGUCAAGCCUGGCGAGAUGUUGCUCGUUCUGGGUCGUCCAGGAUCCGGCUGCACCACACUUUUGAAGAUGCUGGCGAAUCGACGAGGUGGAUACCAGUCCGUGCAAGGAGAUGUUCGAUUUGGUUCAUUGACUGCCGAUGAGGCGGAGAAUUUCCGUGGCCAAAUCGUCAUGAACACUGAGGAAGAGUUGUUCUUUCCUACCUUGACGGUGGGCCAGACCAUGGAUUUCGCAACUCGUCUCAAGGUUCCUUUCAAGUUGCCCAAUGGUGUCGAGUCUGCCGAGGAAUACAGUAAACAGUCAAAGGAAUUCUUGAUGGAAACUUUGGGAAUCUCACACACACAUGAUACCAAGGUUGGUGAUGAAUAUGUCCGUGGUGUCUCUGGUGGUGAGCGCAAGCGUGUCUCCAUCAUUGAAACUAUGGCCACUCGAGGAUCCAUUUUCUGUUGGGAUAACAGUACUCGUGGUCUCGAUGCAAGCAGUGCUCUUGAAUGGACAAAGGCUAUCCGUGCUAUGACAGAUACUCUUGGAUUGUCCACUAUUGUCACCUUGUACCAAGCUGGUAACGGAAUCUACGACCUUUUCGACAAGGUUCUCGUUCUCGACGAGGGCGAGCAAAUCUACUAUGGUCCCCGCACAGAGGCUCGUCCCUUUAUGGAGGAGGCGGGUUUCAUCUGCCGUGAGGGUUCCAAUGUUGCUGAUUUCCUCACUGGUAUCACCGUUCCUACUGAGCGCCGCAUUCGCGAAAACUACGAACACCGCUUCCCUCGCAACAAGGAUGCCCUUCGAGAGGUCUAUGAAAAGUCAUCUAUUCAUACACAGAUGAUCUCCGAAUAUAACUAUCCCGAUUCAGAUGUUGCUCGUGAGCGCACCCAAGACUUUAAAGAGGGUGUGGUUUUCGAAACCUCCAAGCAGUUGCCCAAGAAUAGUGCUCUUACUGUCAGCUUCACUGACCAGGUCAAGGCCUGUAUUGUGCGACAGUACCAGAUUCUCUGGGGAGACAAGGCAACCUUUAUCAUCAAGCAGGUUGCCACGUUGGUCCAGGCCUUGAUUGCAGGAUCGCUUUUCUACAACGCCGCUGAUAACUCCAGUGGUCUGUUCAUCAAAUCUGGUGCACUUUUCUUCUCGCUGUUAUACCACAGUCUGCUUGCGAUGUCCGAGGUUACAGACUCCUUCAGUGGACGUCCCGUACUUGUUAAACACAAGGACUUCGCAUACUUCCACCCAGCUGCGUUCUGUAUCGCUCAGAUCACCGCUGAUAUCCCUGUUCUACUGUUCCAAGUCAGCAUGUUUGCCGUCAUUGUUUACUUCAUGGUUGGUUUGACUAUGUCUGCUGGUAUUUUCUUCACCUACUGGGUUGUUGUGUUUGGAGCUACCAUGACUAUGACUGCCUUGUUCCGCGCCAUUGGAGCUUUGUUCACAACAUUUGACGGAGCUUCCAAGGUGUCAGGUUUCUUGAUUGCUGCGCUCAUCAUGUACACUGGUUAUAUGAUUGAGAAGCCCGAAAUGCACCCCUGGCUUGAGUGGAUCUUUUGGAUUGACCCACUUUCAUACGGCUUUGAGGCCCUUCUUUCAAACGAGUUUUACGGAAAGACCAUCCCUUGCGUUGGUUCCAAUCUCAUUCCCAAUGGUCCUGGCUACACCGACUCCCUAUACCAGGCUUGUGCUGGUGUUGGCGGCGCUAAGCAAGGUGCCACAUCCGUUAGCGGAGUGGAUUAUCUUGCCUCGCUUUCCUAUGACCGCUCCCAUUUGUGGCGAAACUUCGGUAUCAACUGGGCUUGGUGGGCUUUGUUCGUUGCUGUCACUGUCAUUGCUACCUCCAAGUGGAAAUCGGCCGCUGAGAAUGGAAGCUGUCUUGUCAUUCCUCGUGAACGUCUCGAUGCUCACCGUCAAAACUCCAAGUUUGAUGAAGAGUCCGGGGUCCAGGAGAAGUCCAAGCCUUCUGAGAAUGAUGCGCAUGACUCCGAGGCUUCUUCUAAGGAUAUCGAUAACCAACUUGUUCGGAAUACAUCCGUGUUUACCUGGAAGGAUUUGAGCUACACUGUUAAGACUCCUACUGGCGAUCGGGUCUUGUUGAAUAACAUUUAUGGUUGGGUCAAGCCCGGUAUGCUGGGAGCUCUUAUGGGUUCUUCCGGUGCCGGUAAGACUACACUGCUUGAUGUUCUUGCCCAACGUAAGACAGAGGGUACUAUCCAGGGUUCGAUUAUGGUUGAUGGACGUGACCUACCUAUCUCCUUCCAGCGCUCCGCUGGAUACUGUGAGCAACUGGACGUCCUGGAGCCUUUCGCCACCGUUCGUGAAUCUCUUGAAUUCUCUGCCUUGCUGCGUCAGUCCAGAGAUACUCCGCGUGAAGAGAAGCUGAAGUACGUUGACACCAUUAUUGAUCUUCUGGAACUUCAUGACCUCGCCGAUACCCUCGUCGGUCGCGUUGGUGCUGGUCUGAGCGUUGAACAGCGCAAGCGUGUCACCAUUGGUGUUGAGCUUGUGUCCAAGCCUAGCAUUCUGAUUUUCCUUGAUGAACCCACCUCCGGACUGGACGGUCAAUCUGCCUACAACACCGUGCGUUUCCUUCGCAAGUUGGCCGAUGUUGGCCAGGCUGUUCUGGUCACUAUUCACCAGCCCUCCGCCCAGUUGUUUGCCGAAUUCGACACCUUGCUACUUCUUGCCAAGGGUGGAAAGACUGUCUAUUUCGGAGAAAUUGGUGACAAUGGUCAGACGAUUAAGGAUUACUUCGGACGUUACGACGCUCCCUGCCCUCCCAACACCAACCCUGCUGAGCACAUGAUUGAUGUCGUAUCUGGUCAACUUAGCCAAGGCCGCGACUGGAACCAGAUCUGGCUUGAAUCCCCUGAGCACGAGAAAUCUUUCAAGGAACUCAACAACAUCAUUGAAACCGCCGCAGCUGCCCCUCCUGGUACCUUCGAUGAUGGCCAGGAAUUCGCUACAUCUCUCUGGGAACAGACCAAGUUGGUCACCACCCGCAUGAGCACCGCGCUUUUCCGUAACACCGACUAUAUCGACAACAAGCUGGCCCUGCACAUCGGUUCCGCUCUUUUCAACGGAUUCUCAUUCUGGAUGAUUGGCGACAGCGUCGCCAGCAUGCAACUCCGUCUUUUCACAAUUUUCAAUUUCAUUUUCGUCGCCCCCGGUGUCAUCAAUCAAUUACAACCACUUUUCAUCGAACGCCGAUCCAUCUACGAGCAGCGAGAGAAGAAAUCCAAGAUGUACUCCUGGAAGGCCUUCGUCACUGCCCUAGUCGUCUCCGAAAUCCCCUACCUCUGCAUCUGCGCUGUUCUCUACUUCGUCUGCUGGUACUACACCGUUGGAUUCCCUAGUGAUUCCAACAAAGCCGGCGCAACAUUCCUUAUGAUGCUUCUGUACGAGUUCGUGUACACUGGUAUUGGUCAAUUCGUUGCAGCCUACGCUCCCAACGCUACCUUCGCCGCUCUCGUUAACCCCGUUAUCAUCGGUAUCCUGGUUUCCUUCUGUGGUGUCCUGGUACCAUAUGGAGAGAUUACUGCGUUCUGGCGAUACUGGAUUUACUGGAUGAAUCCAUUCAAUUAUCUCAUGGGUGGUAUGCUUGUCUUCGAUGCUUGGGAUGUGAAUGUGAAGUGCAAGGAGAGCGAAUUCGCUGUUUUCAAUACCCCGAAUAACUCUACAUGCGCUGAUUACCUCUCUACCUACCUGGAGACCAUUGGCAAGAGUAUGAACCUUGUUAACCCGAAUGCUACCUCUGGUUGCAAGGUUUGCGAGUAUACCAAGGGCUCGGACUAUCUCAAUGAUCUCAAUCUUCUGGAGUACUACUACGGAUGGCGUGAUAUUGGUAUUGUCGCCAUAUUUGCGCUCAGUUCGUAUGCUUUGGUCUACCUGCUGAUGAAGCUGCGGACCAAGGCCUCUAAGAAGGCUGAGUGA